UUGCACAGCCUGGCCACCAGGCACGCGGCGGGGUCUGGGCUGCUGGCGAGGCGGCGCGCGCCUGCUCUCCGUCUCCCUCGCGCCGCCGCCGCCGCCGGCACCGGCACCAUGAAGAUGCACUUCAGCAUCCCUCUCUCCGAAGAGCUGCUGGAGAAGUUUGGCGGCCGCUAUGUGCUGUACUCCGUGUAUCUCGAAGGCUUCCUUUUCUGCAAGGUGCGUUACAGUCAGUUGCACCACUGGAAUGAACAGUUAAGGCGGGUCUUUGGGAAAGGUGUGCCUGCGUUCCCUCCAAAAUUCUACCUCGCAAUGACGAAGUCAAUGGCUGAUGAAAGGAGAGCUCAACUUGAACAAUAUCUACAGAAUGUGUCGAUUGAUCCUAGUAUUACGAACAGCGAUGUCUUUAUUAGUUUCUUUAGGAAAUUGCAGCAGGAUACAUUUAAAAUCCAAACGCAACAAUCUUUUCUGGAUGUUUAUCUUGCUGAUGGACGGUAUCUCAGAAUUGAUAUUCAGACAUCGGAUACCGCUGAAAGAGUACUAGAGGUUGUAUCGUACAAGAUUGAGCUUUCAAGAGAAUUAAUAGGCUAUUUCAGCUUGUUCCUUAUUCAAGAUCACAACAAUGGGGAGCUGUCUGUAUUGAAAAAACUGGCAGAAUUUGAACUUCCCUAUGUGAGUCUUCAGAGCAUGAAAGAAUCGCCUUGUAAGAUUGGGAUCAGAAAGUGGUACAUGGACCCAUCCCUUGAUAAAAUGCUUAUGAAUUGCAGAACUUCAGUGAACUUACUUUAUAUACAGGUUCUGCAGGAAAUGGAGAAGAACUGGAUCAAGCCUACAGACGGACAGAUGCAGAAGCUUCAAAUGCUACAGAAAGCGCCUAACAAAAUGAAGUUUUUAGAGCUGGCUCAGGAGGUCCAGCACUACGGAUACAUUAAACUCGCUCCUUGCUCCUGUGACUAUCCUGAAGCAGGCUGUACUGCUGCUAUUCAUGUGGGAAAUAAUGAGAUUAGCUGCUGCAUAAAGUUGCCUAGCAACCAGAUCAAAGAGGUCAGCUUCAAGAUCAACAGGGUGAGGUGCUGGCAGGUCACAUUUCUAGGAUCUGUUACAGGCCAAGGCCUUGACCAAUUCCUGGAGCUCAGGUUUGAGUACAACGAUUCUGACACCUGGAGAUGGAUUGCCUUUAACACAAAGCAGGCAUUUCUCCUAAGCAGCUGCUUAAAAAAGAUAAUAUCGGAGCAGCUGAUGACAGCAACCAAAGGUGAUCAAGAAAUGCAGAUUGAAGUUCCUGAACCAGGGAAAGCUAAGAAACCAAGCAUCCAUCCAAGUCAGAUAUUUCAUUCUGGUUUUAAGCCAAGAAAAAAACCGAACGCUAGUAGACCAAAUGAGGAUGACUGUGUGUUUGAGAAAAUAUGCGAAGAAGACUUGUGACCUGCACUUCAGAUCCUGCUGCCUCUGGAUUAUUAUUUUUUUUAAUGAGGAAUAGCAAACUUAUCACAGCAGUUGUCCUCUGUUUAAUAGCAGUCUACAUUUUCUAACUCCUCACUUGUUUUUGUUUAAAAAAAAAACAUGUUAGCUGCUCCUGGGAACCAGAAUUUGUUAUAACGGGAAGACUGUAAAUAUUUUGCACAUAUAUUUCAUUUUAUUAUAAAAAAAUGUACAGGACCUUUAAAAAAUGGGAAACAUAUCACUUAUAUUGGAUCAAAGUAACACCUUUUAAAGUCUUUGACAUUAAGCAGUUAAUCUUUGGCCUCUGGAAUGUUUACCAUUGUUCUGUUCCACGGGAUACAAACACUCUCCCCACAGGUCUUCAGCUUAAUGAUAAAUUACACAAUGCCACUGAAUUUGUGGUAAGGUCUUCCUAUGUACAAAGUACAUCAUCUUACAAUGAUCCCUAUUUCCCUCCAGUAUCUUUUUAAAUGCAGAUUUUCAUCCAACAUGCCUUUGAUUAUCUCCACCCAUUCCUGCAUCCCAACUGUGCACUGACUACUGGAAUAAUUACCCUCAGGACUGUUAGGAAUGCUCCAGUUUUAACUACCCCAACAUAAUACAAUUUUGGUCUCUUAUUGUUGUUGUUGUUAACCUACUAUGUUUUGUAUGAGGGUUUU